AUGAUUUCGAAGAGUGAGAAGCAAAAAGCUGGGGAUGUGGUGUGGGGAGAGAUGAAAAAAAUCAACAGCGAGUUAUUGACGAUGACGUACGGAGGAAUAGUUGUGCAGCUUCUCCGUGAGAACGAUUUUGAUGCGGACAAAGUGAAUGCGGAAUUGGAGGACAUGGGAUAUAACAUUGGUAUACGUCUAGUCGAGGAGUAUCUAGCGAAGGUAGAAGGGAAGAUGUCGACGAAGUGUAUAUCAUUUAAAGAACACAUUGAGUCAAUCACUUUUGUUGCCUUUAAAAUGUUUCUUGGGAUGAAUUGCGAGUGUUUUGAAGUUCACGAGAAGCAGUGGCGUAUCUCAUUACCCAACAACGUGUUGUCCGAGUAUGUCCAACUUCCCGACAAGUUAAAACAAAAGUUAUGGUAUUCAAAUAUCUAUUGUGGUAUCAUUCGUGGUGCUUUAGAAAUGUUGAAAUACAAAGUCGAAUGUCGUUUUGUCAAUGAUGUCCUUCAAGGCAACAAGACUUCGACGGAAAUCGAAGUCAAUUUAGUCGAUAUAUUAGAUCAAGCAAAAUACGUUAAUUACAACUCGUAA